AUGAACAGUUAUGCAUACUUGAGUUCCAAAUCUUAUUUUUUUUUUAAUAUUAUUUUUCUCUUUACCUUCAAAACUCCCUUCAAAAUACUACCACCAGCAACACCACCCUUAAGAUCAUCUACUUCACAGCCGGGUUUGUUGACAUCAAAUGAUCGAAUUACGAUUAAACGUGGUUCUGAAGUAAAGUCCCGAAGGGGAACCGGAAUUUUUUUGACAAUGUACUCACAGAUCUUCACCGGCUUGUUUGAAGCCCCCGAUGCUCUAAACUGUUUUGAUUUCAUCAACAAUAAUAAUAAACAGAAUCUAAGACACAACCGUCUGCUCAAGACCUCUCUUUCAAAUAAAAACUACAUCAUCAACGGUCCACGCAACAGAAUUGCGAAUCUAGUCAAUAAGCUCCAUUCAGAUGGAGACUUCUUCAACGGAACACUCCAAUCAUUUAUUUCCAGAUUUAAAUGCAUAUUGUAA